AUGCACGGCUCCCGCCGCGCUGCGAGUCUGCAGCCCAGCGAUUACGAUCACGAAAUCACAAUUACGGAUGACGAAGAGGCUCCGUCGCUGCAGGCCACAAACUCUGAGGGCGGAGGCCUUUUCCUUACAAACACCUCGACGCGCUUGCUUUCAGAUCGGGGGGCAGAGACGGAGGAAGAACAGGGGCAGUCGUCAGAACAAGGCGAAAGGGCGCAAGGAGAUCCGAGUCAUCUGCAGCCGAUUGCAUCCAAGGGCAAAGAUGGCAGAGCUUCAAUAUACAAAUCAAACACAUUAGAGACUGCCAAAAGCCUUGAGCCCCCGCGUUCGAGUACAAGACCAUCCAUUGAGAUUCAUCGUAAACCAAGGUCGAGAGAACAACGAGAGACGGCCAUAGACAUUCUCUAUGAGAAUGAAAGAGGAGGGUUUUUCUGUGGCGUUGGCCUCUUUGCCAGCGCAGCUCUCGGUGGACUUGAUCCCACCCCCUGGACCAAUGCAUACCACAACCCAUCCCCCACAAACAUUCAUACUGCGCAGGUUCCCGAUCCUUCAUGGGAGUGGGCAUGGCCUGAAUGGCGCGUCAACAAGCAAGAUGAUAUGGAUGAAGACGGCUGGGAAUAUUCUUUUGCCUUUCAGAAAUGCUUUUCAUGGCAUGGACCUAAGUGGUGGAACUCGUUUGUCAGGAGGCGUGCCUGGAUCCGUCAGAGGGCCAGGAAGCGACCAGAAGAUGGUUCAACCGAAAAUAUGCUUGCUGGAGUCGACUAUUUCCACAUCCGCCCAGCAUCCGUUAUCAGUCCACGAUCCCAGAGCAGUCGAGCCAGCAGCAGGGCUCCAAGCAGAGCCCCAAGCAGGAUUAGUAUGACACAGGCAUCGACUGCAGAGGAGCGGGAGCGACCAGAUAUCGAGGAUAUAGAAACCCUUCUUCAGGUUCUCCGCUCUGCCAGGAUUGAUCGAGAGAGGAAAGAAGCCGUCGAGAACUAUAUCGCACAUGCAAUCGAUCUCUCAGAGCUACAGAAUGAGAUGCAUGAAAUCAUGUCUCUGUUCAUAUUUCAGCAAUCGCGCAGGCAGUUGGUAUCGUACUUGAUGCAGAUACACGAAGAGACUGAAAAGGCGUGGGAAGGGGACAAGAGUCUGGAGUUGAAGCACCGCAAAGAGGCCCUCGACGCGGCUGCAAAGCAUGCUGAAGAAGAGGUUUGCAAGCUGGCUUACUGGAGCGAUGUGAAGCAGAUGGCUGAGAGCGGAGAGCUGCGAGAUGUGAUUGGUUCUGGCAAAGAACUGGGAGCAGAUCCCUGGCAAGGUCUGGACAAGACCUCGCCCGUAAACCCCCCACGCCUAAACAAUGCUCGGAAUCGCAUGUUCAGACAAGCCUUUCAAGAUAAUAGCGAGGCGAGGAGGGAAGACGUAGAGCGGAAGCUCACUUCGCCAUAUGUCCCCACGGUGAGGGACUAUCCAUCAGCACAUGCGGCCGAGGAGAGCAAGGUUCACGCACUGCAGGUGGCGAGGGUGCAGACUGCGUUUGACGUGAUAUGGCGGCAUUUUGGCCAGGCCGCAAUGCCAGACUGGUCCGAGACGUUUAAUCUGCUCAAGAGGAUGAUGACCAAGAGAAGCGAGCCGUCGAGCAUGGCGGCCAUGAGGAUUGUUCUGCCCAAGUCGUGGAAGCUGGAGCUGGAGAGCAAGAAGAUUGAGUUUGUGGAUUCCACGACGGGGUUGCUUGCAAAGCUGCGGGUUUCGUCGGAUCACCAGGACCCCUCUGCGAUUAUUUUGCGUGGAAAGAGCUCGGUGUUGGCGAAUGCGGCGGAGGAAUUGGUGGCUGCGUGUAAGGAUGUUGAGGUGUAUAGACUCGGAGAGGUUGCGGCGUUUGGCUACGAGGAGAAGCGACUAUGGCCCGCCAUCGAGGAUGCAGCGGAUGGAGGAUCGUUUAUUCCCGAGGACAAGCUCGAUAACAUAUGGGUGCAUCAAGAACAUCAGACCUACUGGAUCGAUACGCCGUACGAGCAGACUCCAAAGCCGGUGCAAUGGACAGUGGAGAAUCUGGACUUGUACAUUACGAUACUUGUUUGUGGCCGGCUGCGUCCACAUCUCGCCCUGCGCUACUAUGUAAGGCCAGAAAAAGACGGCACUUUUGUCGAUACGGAUGGCAUCAGAAUCAAGCUCAUCAUGGAUGCCCUCACGGACGACGGCGCCAGGGCAUGCAUCACACCGUCAAUUCUAAAGAUGGCCAUGUCAUUCAUGGCCCACAAGGGAGGCCAUCGAGCCGACGCAGAUCGACUGCUGACUUUGGCGGAGGAAUGGGGCAUUCCCUUGGACACGGAGGUUUUCAACAUCAUGCUUGAAGGCUACGUUACCAAACGUGACGUUUCCUUUUUCCACUGGCUGCUUCGAAAGAUGGAGCAGCGCUAUUUCCAACCCAAUGCUCGAACUUGGCUGUUGUUCCUCGAACUUGUUGAAAAGGAGAUUGAAAGAAGGCAGAUUAUUGUGGCAAUGUACGACUUGGGGCUAUUCCAAGACCCUGCUACCCGCAGAGGAAUCGCGAGGAUCAUGGCCACGCACGACGCCUACGUUGCGUUCAGGUCGGGGAAACGGCUUGACGCUUUCAUGGCGGAGCAAAAGUCGCGGUAUGGCGAGGACUGGUUCACGGCGGACGCCAUGAACAGCAUCUUGACAGAAUUCUUCCGGUUCCACGAACGGGACAAUCGCCGCUAUGACGAAUUUCGGAGCCUCAUCGAGAAACAGUCUGAGGACGGCCGCAAGAUUGGCGCCGAUACUAUCAAUCUGGUUCUGGAAAAAUGCCUUGCGUACAAGGACUGGGAUACCGCCAUCUGGGCGCUCACUAAGAUGCACGAGUCGGGGUGCGAGGCGGAUGCUUUGACGUACCAGUAUGUGAUUCGGCUGGCUAUUAGGAUGCAGCUGCCGCAUGCUCUCGGCGUGGCUGUCUUUUAUGCUGCGCUGGAGUAUAAGCUGAGGGAUCUCACGCGCGUGAUUCUUCGUCGGCAUCUUGUUGACCACGUCAAGGAUACGUUUUGGCUACGACAUAAACCGAAGCUGUUGUCGAAGGAAAUGGGACGCCUCCUCAUGAACCAAAAGGCACAGGGGAUGUCUAGAGUUGUCUCCCGUGUGGAAUGGGCUAUUAAUCAUGUUUGCAAGGGGUACAAGCCGGCGAAACCCCUUGUUGAACUUCUUGACAUUGCUCAGCGGACCAAGGAUUGGCCACUGAUUCUACGGCAUAGAUAUCCUCAGUCUUUCCAGUACGAGGGUGCUGAUGCUCCGACAGAUGAUCUGGCGAUUAGGAUGGAGAGUGAGGUAGCUGGGGGAAAAUCGAUGAAUGUGCAUUUAAACUGGCAUUUCGAUCCAAAGACUAUGGUGAAGAGGUGGAACGAGGAGAGGGAGAAGAAGUCCCAGGAAUGGCUUGACCGGAAUAGAAGGAAACCUAGCGACGAGCAAAAGGCGCCUCAGUCCAAAGGAAAUGCUUGA